UCAGCUGAAAACCGAAAGCCUAUAGAACACGUCAGUUAUUUCGCCUGCUGUCACUUUUCUUAUAUAUCCGUUCAUAUAUAAAAGUGGGCGAAAGUUCUGGGGUUUUUUCUACAAUUUUACUUUUCUGCCCUCAGCAUUUCAAUAAAAGAAACAAUAAGCUAUUAGGAAGCAGGAUUACAAAAGUCAUCACAGUAGAAUUUUAGCUACUGAAAGUAAAUUGUCCAUAAGCAUUGACAACACGUCAACAUGUUUGCCGACAAGCCUAACAAACAAAAUACAACACACCGACGGCGGUGGAGUACCACGUCAUUGGCAUAUGUCUUACCCCUACUCACCACUGCAUGCCUACUAUUUGUAGGCAGCCAAAUACCAGGCACCAAUGCUGCAGUUGUAAUGUCUGUCGAUUUAGGUACGGAAUGGAUGAAAGUUGGUGUAGUGUCUCCUGGUGUACCAAUGGAAAUAGCGCUUAACCGUGAAUCGAAACGUAAAACGCCGGUAAUACUCGCUUUCCGUGAUGGUUUGCGUACAUUUGGAGAAGAUGCUGUGACUGUGGGUAUACGCGAACCAUCUGCCGCUUAUGGGUACUUACUGGAUUUGCUGGGCAAAACAAUUGACAACCCAAUUGUGGAUUUAUACAGAAAACGUUUUCCAUAUUAUGAAAUAAUUGCCGACCCAGAGCGGAAUACAGUUAUUUUCAAGAAAAGCGAUGCGGAACAGUUUUCUGUUGAAGAACUUGUCGCACAAAUCCUCGUUAAAGCUAAAGAAUUCGCACAGGAAUCCACUUCACAACCCGUAACGGAAUGCGUUAUUACUGUUCCCGGUUACUUUGCACAGGCGGAGCGUGAAGCUUUGCUAGCAGCUGCUGAAUUGGCUAAUCUAAAAGUUUUGCAGCUGAUUAAUGAUUACACCGCCGUUGCACUUAACUAUGGCGUAUUCCAUCGCGCAGAGAUCAAUGAGACCGCACAGUAUUUCAUUUUCUACGACAUGGGUGCUUAUAAAACUUCGGCAGCUGUGGUUAGUUAUCAGCUAAUGAAGGAUAAGGUAACGAAAGAAACGAACCCUGUAGUACAGGUUCUCGGAGUGGCUUACGAUCGCACUUUGGGUGGCCUAGAACUUCAACUGCGUCUGCGUGAUUAUUUAGCGGCCGAAUUCAAUGCCAUGAAAAAAACUAAAACUGAUGUGACCACCAGCCCACGCGCCCUUGCCAAGCUAUUCAAGGAGGCUGGCCGUCUAAAGAAUGUGCUUUCAGCCAACAACGAUCAUUUUGCGCAAAUAGAGAACUUGCUAGAAGAUCAGGAUUUCAAAUUACAGGUGACACGUGAAAAAUUGGAAGAAUUAGGUGCAGACUUGUGGCCAAGAGUUGUUAAGCCACUUGAACAAGCUCUAGCGGCAUCUGGUCUUUCAUUGGACACCAUUUCUCAAGUUAUAUUGUUUGGUGGUGGCACCCGAGUGCCUAAAGUGCAAGAAAUCCUUAAGCAAGCCAUCAAACAAGAAUUGGGUAAGAGUCUGAACGCGGAUGAGGCGGCAACAAUGGGCGCUGUAUACAAGGCAGCAGAUUUGGCAACAGGUUUUAAGGUGAAAAAAUUCGUUGUGAAGGAUGCUGUCAUCUUUCCAAUUCAAGUUACCUUUGAGCGCGAUCCGGGUGAUGGCGGCGCUGUGCGUCAAGUGAAACGAGUGCUCUUCGGGCAAAUGAACUCAUAUCCGCAAAAGAAAGUCAUCACAUUCAAUAAACAUACGGAAGACUUUAAUUUCGAUGUCCAUUACGGUGAUCUGAGUCACCUGUCCGCUGAAGAGAUUUCCUAUAUUGGUUCAUUGAAUAUUUUGCAUGUGAAAUUGACGAAAGUAAAAGAGUUGCUUGAGCAACACCAAAACGAUGUGGUCGAAUCCAAGGGUAUCAAGGCUUACUUUACCUUGGACGACUCAGGUAUUUUCCAUUGCGUGGGUGUGGAGUAUGUUUAUGAAAAACAAAAAGAGGAUGAAGGAACUCUUGCUAAGUUGGGAAGCACCAUUAGUAAGCUUUUUACAAAGGAUGAAGCCAAAGCUAAUCUUGAUACCGAAAGCGAGGGAGAGCACUCGGACUACGAGAAAAUAGAUCCUUCAAAGCCUGAGGCCGAAACAAGCGAGAAAAAGGUCAAAAAAGAUACUAAAACCUCCAACAAAACUGAGGAAACUAAAUCAGCAGAUGAGAAAGACAAAUUACUCGCUAAAAAUGAUACCAUCAAACUAGUUACCGUUAAAGAGCCAGUGGCGCAUAUAGUAACGGAAUUAUUCACACGCACACUUGCGGGCGAAUCUUUUGAAAAAUCUGUAGAAAAAUUAACAUCCAUCAAUGCUGCCGAAUCUGACCGUAACCGCUUGGAAUCCAGUUUGAAUGCACUUGAAUCACAUGUCGUUGAAAUACAACAAAAAUUAGAUGAAGAUGAGUAUGCAUCCUGUGCUUCGCCCGAGGAAAAGGAAAAGAUUCUUGAAUUGUGCGCUGCUAUAUCCGAUUGGCUUUAUGAAGACCACGAAAAUCCUACACCUGAAAUGUAUGAACAGCGUUUAAAGGAACUAAAAAAACUGACAAACGUUUUUCUGUCACGUCAUUGGGAACACGCUGAGCGACCAGAUGCAAUAAAGGCUUUGAAUGGUUUGAUUGAUAGUGCGAAGACAUUCUUGAAAAGCGCUAAAAAUCUGACUAAAGAGUCCAACCCGGAAAAGGAUAUAUUCACAGAAGUAGAAAUCGAAACGCUCAGCAAAGUAAUUGAUGAGACCAGCGAUUGGAAGAAGACUGAAAAUAAGGCACAGCAGCAACUUAAACGCCACGACGAAGUGCGCCUAUCCGUAAAGGAUAUUACCGACAAGAUGAUGUUGCUCGACCGAGAAGUAAAGUAUAUGGUAAACAAAUUAAAGAUUUGGAAACCCAAAGUUAAGCCGACUAAGAAACCUAAGAAAGCAGCCAAAACUGAGGGCACUGAUGAAAAUAGUGAAGGAGGCAGCGGUUCAGAAGUUAACGCUGAUGAGCCGUUAAAGGACGAGCAGUCAGAAGCAGAAAAAUCUACCAAUGAGGGAGGUGAGCAAGUUAAUAUACCAGCUACUGAUGGCGACAGUUUAGAUGAUAACGCUGACGCUGAUGAAUCUACAAAAGACGAGCAGUCAACACCAUCGGCAACGAAUGAUCACACUCCGCGCUCUGAUUUGUAAGACUGUUGGAGCUGAGCAGUAUGUGAUAAUUCAUAUAACACAGACCGUUAAUUGGUCUCAUAGUAAUAAGCUAAUGACUGCAUUAACCGUAUAAACAACGUAGUUUAAAAUCCAGCUACUCGCAUCAAGGUAUAUAUAGCCAGAAAAUAGAAUGCAAGCAUUUUCCAUUCCACCACACACUCCUUUAAAAUGCCAAUAUUACGUCUCUCUCUCUCUAGAACUCUAGAACUGAGCUAUUUAGAUCAUCUUUAACAAUCUUACGUCUAAUAUUUAUCUCAGCAGAAUUUCGUAAUGUAAUCAAUAUCAACCCUUCGAUAAAUACGUAUCCAUUAGUCCAACGCAUUUUUGUAUGCAGAAAGAGUCUAUGUACUAUAAAAUAAUUUUUUAUAAAGAGAAAUUUAGUUGAUUUUUUAUAUUUCCCAAACAGGUAUUUAUGUACUAUGUAUCUAAUUUAUUUGAAAAUAUUUUUCAAAGAAAAAUAAAUAAAUCAGCAUGGCCUGAACAUAUUGAGUA